UUAAGUAUUAGCACCUCUAGUUCUCAUCAGGAACUCCGAAAGCGCCUGCACUAGUAAAGGUCUGUAAUCUUGUUUCUCCGUGCGAAUAAUUUGCAAAAAGAUUUAUCAAAAUGACCAACGCCUGGAGAGCUGCUGGACUUACCUAUAUUCAAUAUUCCAACAUUGCUGCCCGUGUGCUGCGUGAUGCCCUCCGUGCAGACCUCCGUGCUGAGGCCGCCAAGCGCAACGAAACCCACGUGAAGUUCACACCAUGGGUCAACGGCAGACCUGCACAUGAAAAAGCAUAAUUGCUUCAACGACAAAAUGUCUGUUAUGUAGCAAGGUCUCGUCAAGCGGAAUCUGCCUAGACGUUACCAAAUCAACUGGCGGCCAUCAAGAUGCGAAGGCAAAAUGUUGACUUGUUUCCAUAAUUAAAAUUUACGAAUUAAAAGAAAUUGAAAACAAAACAAACAAAAA